AUGAUGCUGACUCAUUCUUGUGUUGAUUUUGAUCCAAAUGACACCUUGACAACGAUUUUUGAAAAAACUCGUCCUCCUCGAAAUUUCGCGCGGUAAACAAUUUGACAGUCGUUCCCGAGUCUCGGAACUCGAUUGUGACAAACUCUGAGCAUGACUUUUCGAUUAGAGAGCAUAGGAAAACAGGUGACACUCUUCAUUGCUAGACUCUAUGAUGUCAUUUUUCAUGAAAACAGUAGUAUAGAAAGUGUUGACGCUGGGACAGUUUUUCGCCCAAUCUUGAUUUUCUGCAGCGUUUGAUCAUUUUUGAACAUUUACAACUUCAUUUUGUGUUUUAACUACCAGAUAAUGAAUCAUUUUCGAAAAAUGUCAUUUUUAGCUCGAAAGGCUUUCAGACCAUUUUGCCCAUUUUUCAACAUUUUUCGAAUAUUUUUAGUGUUAUAAAUGACAUGACUAUUAUAAAUAAAAUUUUCGAAUCAUUAGAAAUUAGUCAUUUCUCAACUUAUUCAAAUCAGAAAGCAUCAAUAUUUGAGAGGUUUAAUAGAACCUUGAAAAACGAAAUGUAGAAAAUUUUUUCCUUCAAGUAAAUCAUGAAUUUACUGAUAUGUUAGAUAGUUUAGUUGAAGGAUAUAAUAAUCCUUAUCAUUCCUCAAGAAAAAUGUUUCCAAAAGAACCUUCAAAAAUAGAAAAUGAACGGAUAUUCUGCAGAAAUCUGCAUAACUGAACAAUUCGAAAUUUUUGAAGUUCACAUAGAAAUCAAUACAAUGAAUCAAUAUUUCAUUAAAUUUUUUUACAAUCAAAACGGUUUCUCUUUAUAUUCAACUUUGCAUACAAAUGUGUGACAUUCAAGAACAGGAAUUCAAUAUGUGGCUUUUCAAAGUCACGUAUUUUCCUCUGAUCAAUCUUUAAAACUCCCAGGCCAAAACCUUCGUUUUUUUCUGGGGUUUAGGAGAGCUUCCGUCGAAAUUCUCGUGACCGAGCCGUUUCGAGGAUCCUUGACGGCCGCCCAAUCGACUCCUCGACAAACGAUCGCGUUUCCCAGCUGCUGCCAAUUUACUUCCCUUUUAUUUGGUUCAACUUUCGUAGUGCUGGUAAUAGGUUUUUCUUUUGAUUUUUUGAUUUUUUUUUUCCGAACUUCUGUAGGUUCCAUUUUUGAUCUCAAAAAAAAGAUUUCUUCGAGGAAUAAAAUUUGACCUGAUAGUUUUAUGUGAAUUCCUCAAAUAAACCCCAAGAAAUCUCCAGAAACUUCAUAUUUACCAAUAAAUUAUAUUUUUUUCUUAAUAGUAGUUCAAAUAUUUUCUUAUAUCAAUUUUAUAAAUAUCAAAAAGUUAAUUAAACUUCACGUUCAUUUUGCUUCCGUUAAAUGACCAUGGGAAAAAUUUUUUUCUAAUUUUUUUAUUUCCAAUUCCUAAAAAAACCUUGUUUUAAAAAAAGGAAAAACGCUUCAUUUUCAAAAAGACAGCUCCAGGAUGAAUAUGGAAAAACUCAUCAAUCACCGUUUGUCUUCUUAAGAAAUUCCUUCAGAAUGUCUGAGGCUUUUUUUUACAAAUAUUAUUUCGAAAUUUUGAAGAACUAAUUUCGAAAAGCUACCUUUUACGGUUUCCACAGAAAUUUCGGGGAAAAGAUACGAUCCCAAAACAAAUAGAAUAAAAAAUAGCCGACAUUUCAAAUAAGGAGCCUCAAAUCAAAAAAACGUAGUAUUUUUUCACUUUCUAUAAAUGGUCGCACGGAGAAUGGCUCUACUUGUGAAAACAGAAAAUCGUUGAAGACGUCGGACCCAAAACGAGUUCCGCACGAAGAUAUCAGAAAGUAUAGUGGAAGCUGCUUGUUGCUUGUUGAAAUGAUGUCGGUUUUAUGGACCCCUUCAAAACGCAACGCGACCGCGACGCUUCGAGUAUUCCAAGUGCGACCUGGUUGGUAGCGAAUUAGUGGCCUUUUUCUGCUUUGAAGUGUUUUUUUUUCGAUUCGAGAUAGUUUGAAAAGCUUCCAAUUCGAAAAACCCGAAGGAUAAAACGAAUAAAAGGCGAGUGGACGCGUGUUCAUAUACAUAGAAGGAAAUCGAAUCUGCGGCUUUUGAUUGGCUGCGGGAAAGCCGCGGGAGCCUCCGGAGGCUCACGUGGCAGACGCAGAGGAGCUCCCUGGAGUGAGCACUCUCUCGCCUCCAGCUUCUCCUCUCCAUUUCUUUUUUAUUCCUUCUUCCUUUUUUCCUCUUCUUUUUAUUUGUGACGUCUUCAGCCCCGUCGAUAUUCCUUUCAGAAAUAGUUGCAGAAUUAUUCAUCGUGAAUGUUCAACGGAGCACGGAUUCUUCUGCUUUUACAGCUUCCAGCCAUUGUUUUAUUGGGUUCGUUCUUACUAUUUUCGUCGUUGGAAUAGAAAUGAUUAGUUUUUUUGUACGCGAUUUCAACUGAAAUUGAAAGAGAAAAACUAAACUAUAAUUAAAUAUAAUUAAAACUUUCAAUCACCUUCUUAAAAAUUUUUGCUGAAAUACAGAAAUUUUAUUACAAUUUUUGAGUUAAUUUAUUUCGAAUAUAAUUGGAUUUCGAUUAUCUUUCAUUGUUAAAAAUAUGAGAAAGCGCAGUAGUUUUUUUCUAUAAAUCUCCUCAAAAAAAGUUGGAUUUCGGACAUUUUUUUGCAGUUUAGCAAGAAUUUAGCUUUUGAAAAUUUCAAGUUGUUUAAUGUUAAAAUUUUUUUCGAAUAGGUUUUUUUAACUGUUUUAAAACUCAUCUGCUUCAUUUUUUUGAAUCAUAAUAGUUUAUUAUAUUUUCAUUUAAAAAGUUAUCUAUUUCUUUCAGCUUUCGAAAUCGCCGAAUUUACAGCUAAUUACAAAAAAACUAAAAAAUCAGUUCAUUUUUUUCUUUGUAAAAUGGAAAAAUAUUUCAAAAAUAAAUAGGAAAAACUUUACAGAGAAGUGCUACAGUUGCUCUUCGCCGAAACUUCAGCACAAAUGGGUUCGUUUUUUUUAAUUCUGGAAAGUCAUUUAUUUUUUUCCGUUUCAUAUCUUCAAUAAUAUUCAUUCAUGCUCAUUUUUCCUCUCAAUUUGUUUCCACAGCAACCAAUCGGAUCAAGACUUUUCUCGCCUCGAAAUUCUGCAUUUCGCGGCGCAUUUUAAACUCUUCGCCUACGUUUUUCUGCACGCGUCUGUGUGCAAUUUGAGAAAACUCCAUGAGAAGCGGAACAAGCUAUGAAACAAGGGAGAAUCGUGGGAAACGAGUCAGGGAAAAAUAUAGGUGGAACCUCGGUUUUUGAUCUUUGGCGGGCUAAAAGUUUAAAUUUUUUGAUCUUUUUCAGGAAUUUUAUUUGUUUGAUACUUCAGUAAGUUAAGUAAGUAUUCCACUUAGCUUGAAACCAGAGCUGCUGAUGAGACGGGGCGACCCGGGGCGCCACGGCCCGCUAAGCGGUCACAUUGUCAAAAGAGCCUUCUUCCUAAUUUUGUUCACCAGCUUAUAGUUCACCCAUUGUCAAAAUUUCAUUUCCAACUUUGCGGGUCGGGAAUGCUUCAAAUAGCGGGGCGACCCGGGGUGCGCCCGCAGCAACUCUGAUUAAAAUCUCCCUAAAACAAGUCAAAGCCCCAAAAUAGGUUUUUGGAAACAGUAAAGAAGUCUUUUUCGCAUCAUUUUGAGGCUGUCCAUUUUGUAAUCUGUAUUUUUGUGUUUGAGUGAGAUAAAUAAAUAAAUAAAAAUCCAGAACCCAUUUUUUUCCUGCUUUAACUUUAUGUGACGCAAUUUCUAUCAAAAUUUGAAAGAAAAAAACUCAUUUUCAGCCGAAAAAAAUGAAACAACAAACGAGCUGCUCUACUUGGAAAAACUUCCCAUUUUUUUCGCCAACGUCAGCUGUGAAUUGGUAGGAUUUUUCAGAAUAUUUUUAUAUAUUUAAAUAAGAAUAUUUUGCAGAUAAAAAGGAGCGAUCCCUGUGGUGGAUUGCACGGGAAGCGUUUGCUUCAAAGCGGUUAUCAAAGAGCCGCCCGUCGAGAGAACCGUUUGUGGUGAUUUAUCAUUUUUUUGUUCUUUUUUCUUUCUACCUAGACCUCAAGGAGCUCAAUAAGUUGGUCAUCAGUGAAUGAUCACAAGAGAGGCUCAAAUAAUCACUCGAAUGAAAUUUUUUUCUUGAAAAAUCACGGAGAGAGCCAAAAAAUUCGUUUGAUCCCUGCGGAAAGUAGUCAGAGAAAACUUCAUUGACCGCGAUUUAAAAAAAAACUAUGGUCGCAUUUGGAAUGACUGAAAGCGUCGCGGUCGGAUUAACGCUCUGGCUUAGUCGAGUCUGCAGGCGAUAUAAAAUUAGGAACCUUUGUUCAAUUCUUUCUGAUGGCCUUGUGCGCAAGCCGUUUUGGGUCGGACGCUUUUCGAAAAGACUUUUCAAUUGUACGAUUUGAAUCAUUCAACCCGCGACAUACCUUUCAAUAUAGGAAGGACUUAUUACACCUCAUUUAAUGUUUUUCAAAGUCUCUUUCGAUGAAAGUUGUGAGGAUUUUUCGAAGUAAAAAAAAUUACAGAAACGGGCGGCGCCAUUGUCCGGGGCUGCUGGAGCGACGCCAUGCAAAGCGCCGACAAAAUUCCGCUCGCUCGAAAAAAUAUGGUACGUUUUGUUCUUUUUUCUAAAUACUUUCAGAGAAGACUUUUGAACCAUUUUUUAAAAAUGUUUUUCGUGAAUUUAAAUAGUUCGUACCUGUGAGAACCGGUUCAUAGUUACCUUAUCUCAAUUUUCCUAUUCCUUCAAUUAUAUUCAGUCUCUAGGGCUUUUUGAAAAUAAUUUUACCGUAACCUUUCAGAUUCGGAUGACACAAACGGCCGACAGCAACGACACGGUCGGCGUCAUUUACACGUGCGACGGAUUCCUUUGCAAUUCUACAGUAACCCCUACCGUAUCCUUAUUAUUCUCGAUAUUUUCCCUUCUUUUUUGUUUUUAUAGCUUUUCCGCUUGACACUCAGAACUUCUAUUAGUAGUUUUCGAAGGAUCUCUUGUCAUACGGCUUAUCAAGGAUUACUGUAG